AUGCCUAUCCCCGAGCGCGACCGCGACGCCUUUGCUGCCGUGCAGCAGGCCAUCAUCUCAGUAAUCCAAUCUGACGGCUACUCUUUUGAUUUACCAGACCUGUUUGAUUAUUCUUGGGCGCGGGGCAUGCCAGAUAUGCAGACGAUACCGUUCGCGAAGUGGCAGAACAUGGCGUUCAUGGGCGAUAAGCUCGCCGGCGUCUGCAUCGCAGACCAGCUCACGAAAGCCAUGCCCAACGCGACGCCGCAUCUUUAUAGUGUGCACUCCUACGGCCUGGUCUCUAACAAGACUUUCGCCCAUAUCUUGAAGAAAGCGUCUUUAUUGGCUGUCGCCAGUCGUGGACCUGUUAUCGUCGAACCUGAUCUAGUGAAGCGCGGCGGCGACUUCUUCGAAGCGAUCCUCAGUCUGAUGCUCAACCAACGCGGCAUGGAGUUCGUCAGGAGCUGGCUGGAGUCUGUCUUCUCUCCUCUCAUCUGUGCCGCUGCGCAGGCGUACCUG